GACAGCAACACGUCGCAAUGAAAAAACAAAAGUUGUUUAUUUCCAGCACACCACAAACAAACAGGAUUCGUGUUUCAUCGGAAGCCGGUUUGAGAAGAUUUCGUUACCGAUCAGAUAGGAUUAAGCUUCAUUUUUAAAACAAAAUGACUAAACUAAUGGAGUGGUUGAUGGCGGCUUUUGCCUUCUUCGGUGUAUAUUUCGCAAUUAUCGCGCGUCAGGUGCAACACGAAGUUCUAGAUCAAUACAUGUUCGAAAUCAAGUUGUCCCCUUUGGUACUGAUCGUGUUAUUUGGGAUAUAUUCUGCCACGGUUGUGCUGUACAGAACCUUCACCUUUAACAACUGCGAAGAGGCUGCUAAAGAACUAUUAGAACAGAUAAAAGAAGCUAAAACGGAUUUGCGAAGCAAAGGGAUGACAUUUAAUGAUUGAUUAGAUUUUAAGGGCGCUUGUCGAACAUAAUUCUAAAUAAAAGCAAAGUUCA